AUGCUGGAGUCUUGGCAGGAGCCCGUGCGCGCGGCCUUGCGGCCCUCCGUUCCGACUGCUGUCUUUGGGGCCGUUCCAGGCCGCGUUUCCGGCGCCCCGCAAGCCAGUCGUUUGGACAGGCCUUUGUCAUGCGCUGUGCUGGCUGCAGUCGCCGUCCGUGUUGGCGCAAAGAGUCGAAGCGAUCGCAGCCGAAUCCCGAAGCUGGCGCAGGAGACCUCAACCACUUCCAGUGCAAAAGCUUCCGCGCCUUCGUCGAAGCCCAAGAGCGCUCCCGAGGCGAAAGCUCCUCCGCUGCCAAAGGCUAAGGCAAGCUCCCCUGUGGCAACAGGAGGCAGCCCACCGCCACCCAAGGCUGCGCCCAAGCCACCGCCACCCUCCCCCCCGCCAACGCCGCCAAAAGCCGCUGCAGCUCCAACCAGCAAGCCCGAAGCCAAGGCGGCAGCAAAAACGCAGGCGAAGGAAGUCCCGAAAGCUGCGCCGGCGGCCAAAGAAACUUCGAAGACGGUCGUGAAAGAAGAGGAGAAGCCCAAGGCGCAAGAACCGCCGAAGGCAACAGAAGAGCAGAAGGUGAAGGAGCCAGUCAAGGCAGACGAUGAGAAGAAGGCGCUUGAGCAAGCGCUGAAGGACAAGGAGGCCAAGCUGCUGAGCCUCGAGAACUCCGUCAAGACGAGUGAGCAGGAAAAGGAGGCCCUGAAGAAGCAGAUGGAGCAGAUGGAUGCAGAGAAGCAGGCCAGGGCCAAAGCAGACAAAGAGAAAGACGAGAAGCUGAAGCAGCAAGAGCAGGCUUUGAAGAAGAAAGCCGAGGAGUUGGAGGAGAUGAAGCGCGAAGAGGAGCGAAAUCGGCGCAAUUUGCAGGCUGCGGCUGCGGCUGCAAAAGUGGAGAAGGCGGCAUUUAAGAAUGCUGGCGGCUCCGACGACGACGAGCUGAAGAAGAGCCUCGAACAAGUGCAGGCCAUGAAGACGGAGGUUUCAGCAUACCCUUCUCCCGCACCGGCACCGGCUCCCCCGCAACCUGACCCAGCUCUGCAGAAGCAGAUUGCCGAACUGCAGGAAAGCCUACGUGCAUCUCAGGCACACUGCCG